GAAAACAACCACCAACAAUCCUCUCUCUCUUGUAUUGUCUCUAUUAUAGUUACAGUUGUCCUCUCCUACAAGAAAUCCCACCACACUACACCACUCCCCAUUAUCACUCAAAAACCGCUUCCUUUUCUCUUCCAUUUCCCUGACAAUUUUACCCUCAACUCUUCCUCAUAAUUACACUUUAAACCUGCCACUCACCUCGUCCUCUCUACAUUGAACAUUCUCUUCCAAAUGUCACUCUAGAAUUUGUGUUUCUCCCCUCUGCUUUUGUGGCCAACAACGGAACUUGCUUUGGCUUUCUCUCUGAGUGCUUUGGCUUAGCAAUGGAGCUCUCUUGAAGCCGUGCUCUGACUCUGUAGCUCUCAGCUUUGUAAAGCGAAGCAGCCACGGAAUGCUGCGUUUUGAGUGCUUUUUUAGAUCUAAGAGGCGUGAGUGAGAAGCGAAGCUUGGUUUCAGCUUUCGAUCUGUGAAAUUUUGAGUGUAUUUUGGUUGGGGAUUUUUUUUCCCUUCAGAUUUGAAAAAAUGAAUCGUAGUUUUAGGGCACAGGACUCGCAAAUGCAAAUGCAAGCAGCAGUGGUGAAGCAAAGGCAGCAAUUAAGAGCUACAAUGAUGAAAGAAAAAGAAGAAGAGCUUGCUUUAUUUUUAGAAAUGAAGAAGCGUGAGAAGGAGCAGAAUAAUUUGCUUUUAAUUAAUAACACUGAAGAAUUUGAUGCACCAUUAGGGUCAAAGCAUGGAACUUUGCCUAUAUUUAAUAUUUCUUCUUCUACGCCUGUGAGGAAAACAGGAGCUGAUGAUUUUCUCAACUCCGAGAAUGAUAAAAACGACUAUGACUGGCUCCUAACUCCUCCCGGUACCCCUCUUUUUCCUUCUUUGGAGAUGGAAUCACAAAAGACCAUUACGAGUCAGAUCGGUACUCCAAAGGCCCGCCCAACUGCUCUGAAAUCUAGACUAGCUAACCCUCAGCCAGAGCCUGUUGCAAGGGGCAACUUGGUAUCUAAACAAUCAGCUUCUUCCCCUGGGUUGAACUCUUCAGGUGCAGCAAUGCGCAGGCCUUCAUCAUCAGGUGGUCCAGGAUCUAGGCCUUCAACACCAACCGGACGCCCCGCAGUGACUACAGGUCCUAAGCCUUCAAGAUCAUCAACACCAACCUCUAGGGCCACCCUGUCCUCAUCUAAGCCCACAAUUUCUGCAGCUAAGCUGACUGUCUCUGCAGCUAAAUCAACUACUUCUACAAUGAAGUCCACAGUUCCUGCAAGAUCCUCAACGCCAUCAAGGUCUACAGCACGAUCUUCAACCCCAACUGCAAGGCCCUCUAUACCUCCAUCCAAGUCUACAUCAAGGGCAGCAACCCCCACUCGACGACCAUCCACUCCAACAAGGUCACCUAGCCUGUCUGCUGCUCCUGUUAAGUCAUCAUCUUCAGUUACCAGGUCAGCUCCUACUGUUACCAAGUCAGCUCCCACAGUUGCUAGGAAUCCCGUGAUGGCACGCGGCUCUUCUCCAACAGUGAAAUCUAGGCCAUGGAAGCCGUCAGAGAUGCCUGGUUUUUCACUUGAUGCUCCACCAAAUUUAAGAACUUCAGCACCUGAACGGCCACUUUCAGCUACUAGGGGUAGGCCUGGAGCACCCAGUGCUCGAUCUUCCUCUGUUGAGCCUACUCCUAAUGGACGACCAAGACGUCAAUCUUGCUCCCCGUCAAGAGGACGAGCCCCCAAUGGCAUUAUGCACCCCAGUGGGAGCUCUGUUCCUGCAUUUAGUCGUGGGCAUUCAAAAAUUAAUGACAAUGUUAGCCCUGUCAUUAUUGGAACCAAAAUGGUCGAGAGAGUGAUAAAUAUGCGAAAACUGGCACCUCCCAAGCAAGAUGGCAAACACUCUCCUAGUGGUAAUCUGACUGGGAAGUCAUCAUCUCCAGACAGCUCUGGCUUUGGAAGAACACUCUCAAAGAAAUCUUUGGAUAUGGCCAUAAGGCACAUGGACAUAAGGCGCACCAUUCCUGGUAAUUUACGGCCUUUGAUGACUAAUAUCCCAGCAUCUUCGAUGUACAGUGUGAGAUCAGGGCCCGCAAGAAGCAGGACAGUUAGUGUUUCAGACUCCCCUCUUGCAACGAGCAGUAAUGCUAGUUCAGAAGUGAGUAUCAACAACAAUGGUCUUUGUUUGGAUGGGAUUGAACUAGAAGAUGAUAUUGGCAGUGAGAGAGGUGGCCGGUCACCUCUACGAGGCAGAUGAUGCUCAGAAUCAAACAUUCCAGUUAUGAACUCCAUUUCUAAAAUCUAAUCUGUGUGUCUCCUUGUGGGUCCUCAUCCAGCCUGACAAUUGAAAGAGGAAACAAUUUCCAGGAAAAAGAAACUGACCAAAAUCUUCCCUCCAUGUUUGAUGUAAAGCUCGAUAGAUUGAUUGGCGAUUAAGUUUUAUGUAAUUCACGGUUCUAUUAUUAGGAAAAUCAGUUAUUAGCAGAA